AUGGUGGUGUUAUGGAUGAUAUUACUUCUUCUUCAUCAUGGAAAUGCUCUGGUUCCAGUGAAAAUGGUUCAACUUGGUGAACCAGCAACCUUAAAAUGUGAUAUACCCAAAGAGAUCAGGAGUAAAGUAUACUGGUACAGGCAGAGUGUUGGGGAUACACUUGAAUUAAUUGUGACACUAUAUCGAGAUACAGAACCUGUGUAUGGUUCUGCGUUUUUGAAAUCAAGAUUUUCUGCACAAAAUGCCAACAAUUUUAGCAAACUGACUAUUCUGGAGACAAUCCAAGAGGAUGAGGGAAUUUAUCAUUGUGGAAUGACAGCAUGGCAUAAUCUUGAAUGGAGUGGGACAUAUUUGUUAGUUAAAGGAAAGACUCAAAGGACAUCAAACUAUAUUGUUGUACAACCGCAGAUAGAAUCAAAUCCAGUGCGUCCAGGAGACACAGUGACUCUUCAGUGUUCAGUUCUCUCUGAUUCUGAGAAUAAGACAUGUCCGGGAGAUCAUAAUGUUUUCUGGUUCAGAGCUGGAUCUAAUACAUCUCAUCCAAACAUCCUCUACACUCAUGAAAAUAGAACUGAUCAAUGUGAGAAAACAUCUGAACAUCAGGAUAGAUGUGUUUAUCGCUUCUCUAAGAAUGUCAGCUCCUCUGAUGCUGGGACUUACUACUGUGCUGUGGCCACAUGUGGGGAGAUAUUAUUGGGAAAUGGAACUACAGUUGAACUUGAGCGAACAACACAACUCACUGAAGCUGAUAUAAACUACGCUGCACUGAAUUUCUCUGAACGAAAAACCAGAGGAAGAAGGAAGAGGGAGUUUACUGAGACUAGUGUCUACUCCUAA